AGGUCCAUCGUCUCUCCAGCAAACCUAACCUCAACAAUGACCUAACGAUUUAAAACCCAAAAAUGACUCGCUUCAGGCCCUGCAUAGACCUACACGCCGGCGCCGUGAAACAAAUCGUAGGUGGCACCCUCUCGGACUCCAACGCCAGCAGUCUGCGGACAAACUUCACCUCCCAGCAUCCGGCCGGGUACUACGCGGAGCUGUACAAGGAACAUGAGUUGCGUGGCGCCCACGUAAUCAUGUUGGGACCGGGGAACGAGGAGGCUGCGAAGACGGCGCUCGCUGCUUGGCCUGGAGGGUUGCAGAUUGGAGGUGGGAUUAAAGAUACGAAUGCGAGGGAGUGGAUUGAUGCUGGGGCUGAAAGGGUCAUAAUAACAUCCUUCCUCUUCCCCUCCGGCACCUUCUCCCUCCCACGCCUGCAAUCCGUGCUCGCAGCCCUCAACAACGACCGCAGCAAACUAGUCAUAGACCUCAGCUGCCGCCGCGUCGUCGACGACAGCUCAAGCCCUCACCCCCGCUGGAAAGUAGCCAUGGACAAAUGGCAAACCAUCACCGACUUCGAAAUCACGCGCGACAACAUUGCGCUUCUGGAGCCGUAUUGUGCGGAAUUCCUCAUCCACGCUGCGGACGCCGAGGGCCUGCAGGCGGGGAUUGAUGAGAAGCUUGUGCAGCAUUUGGCGGGGAUUUGUGAGAUUCCCGUUACGUAUGCGGGUGGGGGGAGGAGUAUUGCGGAUUUGGAGUUGGUGGAGAGGUUAAGUGGUGGCAAGGUGGAUUUGACGAUUGGGAGUGCAUUGGAUAUCUUUGGGGGCUCUGGGGUUACGCUUGAGCAGUGCUGUCGGUGGAACGAUAGGCGUUAGAAACUUGUGAUGAUGUUUGUGGCUGCUUUGCUGCGUUUUGCAUGACAAAGGAAGGAAUCCAUCACCAUUCAGACAAUGAGGCGGAUUCUCUGUUA